AUGGGACACGCAGAACCUACCAGUGGACUGUGCGCGAUCGCCAAGGUGCUGAUUGCGAUGGAAACCGGUGUGAUUCCGGCGAAUCUGCAUUUUGUUACUCCAAAUCCAAAGAUUCCCGCGUUGACCAAGGGACGUAUUCGCGUACUUGACAAAGCUACGCCAUGGAACGGCGGUUUUGUGGGUAUCAAUUCAUUUGGCGCCGGUGGUACGAAUUCGCACGUCAUUCUGCGCAGCAAUUCGAAGGUAAAAAUAUCAUUAGAUACCGUCGAGCAGCAAUUGCCGAAGCUGGUUGCCGUAUCGGGCCGUACAAAAGAAGCUGUACAGGUAUUAUUGAACAAGGCAAACGAGCAUCGACAAGACAAUGAGUUUUUAUCUCUACUGUACUCCGUGCACAGUGAUAACAUACCGAAUCAUAACAUUCGUGGCUAUGAAAUACUCGCUUAUGAUAGUACGCGCGAGAUUGUCGAGGCGAAUUAUGACGAGAAACGUCCCGUUUGGUUUUUAUUUUCCGGUAUGAAUACUCAGUGGCCGGGUAUGGGACGCGAAUUGCUUGACAUCGAAACGUGCCAGCGUAGUCUACAACGAUGCGCCGAUGUAUUAAAGGAGCACAAUGUUGAUCUAAUGAAUAUCAUCAUUAACGGUACUGAUGAAACAUACGAAAACGUAUUGGUUGCUACCGUGUCAAUCGUGGCCAUUCAAAUCGCUCUUGUCGAUAUGUUAAUAUUUAUGGGUGUGCAACCAGAUGGUAUAAUUGGACACUCCCUUGGCGAAAUAAGUUGCUCGUAUACCGAUGGUGCGUUUACCCUAGAGCAAACAAUUUUGACAGCCUAUUACAGAGGCAAGUCGAUUAUAGAAUCCAAUUUGGAACCAGGCGCUAUGGCGGUGGCAAAUUUGAAUUGGGAGGAAGUCAAGAAGAUGUGUUUAAACGAUAUCGUUCCAGCCUGUCAUAAUUCCGAGGAUUUGGUUACCAUUUCUGGUCCACCCGUAUCUGUGAAAAAGUUCGUAGAGGAACUGAAGAGCAAAGAUGUCUUUGCCAAAAUGAUCAAAUGCUGUGGCGUUGCUUAUCACAGCAAAUACAUUGCUCCAGCUAAAUCCAAAUUUCGCGCUUCCCUCGAUAUGAUUGUGCCGAAGCCAAAGAAAAGAUCUACCAGAUGGAUUUCUAGUUCGAUACCCGAGGCCGCAUGGAAUAGCCCACUCGCACAAUUUUGUUCAUCGGAGUAUCACGUGAACAAUAUGUUGUCACCUGUGCUUUUUCAGGAGGCGAUUACGCAUAUCCCGAAAAAUGCGAUAACCAUCGAAAUCGCGCCACAUUGCUUGCUACAGACGAUCCUGCGUAAAUCCCUACCAUCCACGGUGACUAAUAUCGGUCUCCAAAAGCAGAAUUAUUCAAAUAAUUUGAUCUUUUUACUAUCUAAUGUGGGAAAGAUGUACACAGCCGGCGCGCAGCCCGACAUCUCUAAACUGUAUCCGUCAGUUAGUUUUCCUGUCAGUCGCGGAACACCGAUGAUUGGAUCAUUGAUCAAAUGGGAUCAUUCUGCUACAUGGACGGUGCCCGAUUUGAAGCAUCAGAUGAAAGAAUCGUCUGGAGCGCUUGUUGUAGAGAUAAAUUUAUCGAGUGAAACAGACGCAUAUUUAAUGGGACACCAAAUCGACGGGCGAUUUGUUUUCCCAGGCGCCGGCUUCAUAUUCAUGGUUUGGCAAAUCUUUGCGAAACUACGCGAUACCGAUUUCGACCGACUAUCAGUAAUCUUUGAGAACGUAUGGCUUCAGCGCAUUACCUUCUUACCGGAGAAUAAAACAAUCAAAUUUUUCAUAAAACUUUUCGAAGGAAAGGGAGAUUUUGAAAUCCUCGAAGCUAAUAGCAUUGUAGCCAGCGGGAACAUCCGCGCCGCUGAAGCUAUCGAGAUAAAUCAGCUGAACUUACCACCGGUCCCGAUACCGUCUACCGAGCUUUUAUUGAAUACGGAGGAUAUUUAUAAGGAAUUGAGAUUACGUGGAUACGAAUACAAUGGUAUUUUCAAAGGAAUAAAAUGCUGUGACAUUUCUUUCACCGUUGGCGAGUUACAUUGGUUUAAUGAAUGGUCUUCGUAUAUUGAUAACAUGUUUCAAUUUAAAAUGUUGUCAAACGACCGGAAAUUAGUUUAUGGCUCGAAGUGUCGAUACGCCAUGAUCAAUCCCGUUCUUCAUAAACGAAUGAUCAAUGAGUUACCGAAAAACGGCGGAUUGCCGAUAUAUCACUAUAAAAAUGCCAAUAUAGUUAGAUCAGGCGGUAUUGAAUUAAAAGAUAUGAAGUAUACCGCACCUCAGCGACAGCAGAAGACUAAACCUAAAUAUGAACGUUACGUUUUCGUAUCUUAUGAAAAUUCGUGCAGCUUGGUCUUGAAAGAUCCAAAGAGACAAAAGAUUCACAUACUUACUAUACUAUUACAAAUUGUAUGUGAAAAUGUAACGACAUCGAGAAUCAAGGCCGUGGAAGUUGCGGAUAAUCGAGCCGCGGAAGAGUUUUUGGUGCCGCUUGUACACGAUAUUCUUUCUUGCGAUCCCUUCAUCACUGUUGAUUUACAAGUAGCCGUCAGUUCCGCGUGCGAUUAUAGGACAAGUUUCGAUCAAAGGGGCAUUAAUAUUAAUAUAAUUAAAUGGGAUGCGAAUGAUACAUUCCCAGCUCAGAAUAUGCACCUCAUCAUAGCAGCGGAAGUUCUCUCUGGCCGAUCUCUCAUCAAUUUCAAAAAUCUAGCGGCUACCUUAAGUUCUAAUUGCUUUAUUCUUCUAGAGGAGACUGGUAUAUUCGACUUAAAGAUUGCACUAGAAGAGGCGAAUCUGAUGUUAAUUAGUAAGCAAAUCGACUCCACGGGAAAGAAUUACUUCUUAUUGAAAAAACGAAAAGAAGUGAGAAAAGAACCGAUCUUAAUACAGAUCACAGGAAACGAUUUUUCAUGGUUAGCAAAUGCGAAAGCGGCAUUGAGAAAUUGCGACAGUGAAAAACAAGAUGUUCUUUUUGUAUCUCAAAGCGAAGAAUUACUUGGUAUUGUCGGAUUCAUAAACUGCAUGCGACGCGAGAUGGUAAACGUGCGUUACGUUUUCAUCCAGGACAAUAAUGCUCCCAAAUUUGAUUUAUUCUCGCAGUUCUAUGCGGAGCAAUUAGAGAAAGAAUUAAUGGCUAACGUAUUGAAAAGUGGUCAAUGGGGUAGUUAUCGGCACUUGCAAUUAGAUAAAGAUAACUGCACGGAAGUAGAGCACGCUUAUGUGGAUACAUUGACGACAGGAAAUUUAAAUAGUUUAGCAUGGAUUCAAAGUCCGUUAACGUAUUGUCAGAGCAAAUAUCUAAAUUCACUUUGUAAUGUGCACUAUGCGUCAUUAAAUUUCAGGGAUAUUCUGCUGGCGACUGGUAAACUAUCAACGGAUGCCCUCUCAUCGUUAGGACUUGCUACAGAAGACUAUGUAUUAGGAUUUGAAUUCUCCGGGACAGACGCAGAUGGCUGUAGAGUAAUGGGUUUAUUAGACAAAUCUAGAGGUUUGGCGACCACCGUGUUGCCGGAUUCCGGUUUUCUUUGGAAGGUACCUGACAAAAUGGACACUGGAGCAAGCGGCGACAAUACCGAACGGGCCGAAAACGUGCUGAUUCAUUCUGGUGCGGGUGCCGUCGGUCUAGCGGCAAUCAACAUUGCCUUGCACGCAGGCUGCACCGUCUUCACUACUGUCAGCACAGAGAAAAAACGAUUGUAUCUCAAGAAGACCUUUUCGCAAUUGACCGACAAGCACAUUGGCAAUUCCCGAGAUACGAGUUUUGAACAGCUAAUCUUGGACGAAACCCGAGGACGUGGGGUCGAUGUAGUAUUGAAUUCACUGUCAGAAGAGAAACUACAUGCCAGUGUACAGUGCCUCGCGAAGAACGGUCGCUUCCUCGAUAUUGGGAAGUACGACAUGUUGAAUGGCAAUCGCGUAGAUAUGUCUCUGUUUUUAAAGAAUACUUCUUAUCACGGUAUACUUUUAGAAUUGUUAUUAGAAAAUAUCGAGGAUAAGCGAAAAACGAUUAGACUAAUCUCGGAGGGAAUUGAGAAUGGUGUAGUACGUCCAUUACCGACGACCGUAUUUUCGAAGCAAAGCCUCGAGGAAGGAUUUAGAUUUAUGACGGCAGGCAAUCAUAUCGGUAAGGUAUUGCUGAAGAUUCGCGACGAUGAACCUCAGAAACAUAAGCUGCCAAUGCUAAGAACAGUAGCGGCCAUACCACGUACUUAUAUGUAUCCAGACAAGUCGUAUGUGUUGAUCGGUGGUCUCGGUGGAUUUGGUUUGGAAUUAGCCAAUUGGAUGAUCACCCGCGGCGCUAGAUUCAUCGUUCUCGUGUCACAUACUGGAAUACGCACUGGUUAUCAGACGUCUCGCGUUCAACAUUGGCGCAAUAAUGGCAUCAAAGUCAUCAUCUCUGCUGCAGAUAUCACGACGUUAUCGGGCGCCGAAUGUUUAAUCGACGAGAGUAAUCGAUUGGCUCCAGUUGGCGGUAUAUUUAAUCUGGCCGUCGUUCUACGUGACGCUUUGUUCGAGAACCUACAAGUGGCCGACUUCGAGACUGUAACCUUGCCAAAAAUCAAUGGUACGAGAAAUCUGGACGUGAUAUCGAGAAAGUCUUGUCCAUCAUUGGAUUAUUUUGUCGUGUUCUCGUCCAUAUCGUGUGGCCGCGGCAAUGCCAGUCAAUCCAAUUAUGGUCUCGCAAAUUCAGCUAUGGAAAGAAUAAUAGAGCAAAGACAUACUGCUGGUUUGCCCGGUCUCGCUAUUCAAUGGGGUAUUAUAGGAGAUGUCGGUUUGUUUGUUGAUACAAUGAAGAAUGAAAUUUUUUGA